AUGUUUAAAAGACUAAUUAUGAAUGAACCAAAAACUUUAGAUAAUGAUUCAGGAAGUGAAACAUCUGAAAAUGAAAUAGAACUUGUACCUAUUAUUAUGCCUGGUAAAAGAACAUCCUGGGAGACUGCUACUCUUCUAGAAAAAAUAUUUAUUAUAUUACGGACACCCUUUAGAAUGGCAUUAUGUAUUAGUAAUGUAACAAUAUUUUUUUUUACUUAUUUUGGUUUUAUAAUUCCUGUUAUGUGGGCAAGAGCUGCAUGGCCUCGUUUAUACUGGUUUGUUGAAGGAAAACUUUAUGUAUGGCUGCAGGGAUUUAUUGCAUCAUGGGGAUUUACUGCUGGUUAUAAUGUUUAUGAAGUUGGUGAUGAUAUAGGUCCAUUUUGUGAUAAUGAAAGAGUUUUAAUUAUGUGUAAUCAUCAAAGUACUGCUGAUGUACCAAUGUUAAUGGCUGCAUUUCAAAAUAAAGGUGUUGCAACUAGAAAAUUACUUUGGUUAAUGGAUAUUAUGUUUAGAUGGACACCAUUUGGUAUUAUUGGUAGAAAUCAUGGAGAUUUUUUUAUACAACAAGGAAAAAAAACACGUAAUUUGUUUAUAACAAAAUUAAAAGAUCAUUUAAGAAAAACAUUUUGGAAUCGUGAUCGUCGUUGGGUUAUUUUAUUUCCUGAAGGUGGUUUUUUUUAUAAAAGAAUUAAAGAUUCACAGGCAUAUGGUAAAAAACAUGGAUUUCCUCAUACUACACAUGUUACAUUACCAAGAUAUGGUGCAAUAAAAGCAAUACUAGAAGAGAUAGGAGAGAAAAAACCUGAUCCAGCUAGGGGUAUGUCAGAUGAAGAGAAAAUUAAUGUUAAAAAAAGAUCAAAUUCUCAAAUUGAACAUUUAAAAGAAAAAGUUCGUGAUGUACGUAUAAAAAAAAGUGUAACAGAAUCUAGACCAAGAAUAAAAUAUGUUAUUGAUGUCACAAUUGCCUAUCCAAAUCGUAUUCCAUUAUCUUUAUUUACCUUACUUUUUGGAUCCCGAGAAAAGUGUGAUAUUGCUGUUCAUUAUCGUGUUUUCAAAGUUAAUGAAAUUCCUUUUGAAGAUGAGGAAAAACUUCGUGAUUGGAUAUAUAAAGUAUAUGAGGAAAAAGAUCGACUUCUAGAUAAUUAUUAUCAUACAGGAAAAUUCUCAGAUACUGAUUUUAGAAGACCUGUUACAUUUGAAUGGAAUAAAAUAAUAACUCAAUAUGUCUUUUGGUUUGGAUCAUUUUACUUUCAAUGGAAAGCAUAUUCUUGGCUUGCUCUUCAUGUAUGGAAUUUAUUAAUGUUGCCUUUCCAGUAA